CCUGGUGCGCUGAAAACGCUAAAGGAUUAUUAGCUCUCACAGGUGAAUAUCAGGUAUGGAAUAUGACUUCGGAAAAUAUGGAAUUUUUUGUUCGAUUAUUUAGCAAAUAGGCGGUGUUCAGAGCAUAAGAAACCUGUGUUACCGUGACUUCUUGUGAAUAUCUGGAUUACCUAAGUUACCGUGACUUCUUGUGGAUUUUUUAAUCACCAUGGAUUGCAUUGGAGUUCUAGUUCUGGUCAGCGGGUUUGCUGUAUCUGUUUCUGGAGCAAGUUUAGAAGAGGUUCAAGCAAUGUACGCAACCGCCACCCACAGCUGGGACUUUGAUCAAAAUCAUUUGAAUGCAAUCAAGGACUUGAAGACUUCCUCUGUGAUUCAUAUUUACGGUGACCCCGUCAAGGUCCCCUCACCCCUCAAAGAUGGCAUCAAGACCCAGAAUGAGCACACGCGUGUGGACCUAGCGUUCAAUUCAUCGUGCCUUGCGAACCCAACAUCUUGUAGCUUUACAUUCGCUGCGCUAAUAAACGUGGAGCAAGUCGGGCCGACCAAGGAGAAUGUGCUAUUUGGUCACACGGCGAAUGUUACAGUUGCAAAGGAAACGCUCGGCUUCAGCCUAAUAUACCACAACAGUUUACAUUGCCUUUACAUGGUAGUAGUGGGUGUAAACUUCAUUUGCACUACGCGGUACAUCUAUUACCCACCCUAUCACUGGGGUGACAUCGUGAUCACAUGGGAAGCGCCGGUAAAACGCCUGCUGAUAUAUACUCAUAGUGACUUGAUAAGCUAUGCGACCAAGGAUUGCAUCGAUGCUCACACUUCGACCAGCAGAGCUUCUAGUUAUGGGCUCUCAUUGGUGGCCAGUACGCAUGCGUCGUACGACAUGAUGGGCAUCUGGGAGGGGGCCGUAGUCCCUCAAAGCGAGUUUGGUAAACUACGAAGGUAUCUAACUGACAACGGUGGUAAUACGACUUUGAAUCUUAAAAUUCGUUUGACGGGUGCUGUGACUGCACCAGCCCUACUAGACGCGAUGAAUGCAGCGAAGAUCCCUAAUCUUCAAAUUACAACCGUCACGGUCAGUGUUUCAGAUCCUUUGGAAGUACUCAUUACUAUGGUUUACUCAACGCUGACAAGUAAUUCAUCCCGCGCACUCCAAACAGCCAUGUCUAACACAGGAUUCCCAGGCGCGCCAGUCAACAUCACGGCAUGCUCGGCUGACGAUUACUUUUUCUGCAAGAUCCCAACAAACGUGAAAUUGGACCCAAAAAGUUACAAUAAAUUACGGAUAAGCUGGACACAGCCAGAAGAUCCGGAAAAUUCAAUAUUUUAUGACAAUCACGUGUUGGUCUAUAACAAGUCAUCGACGGGUCCGCUGUAUCAUGAGUACAUUAGAAAGGGCCACAGGAGUCACGCGCAUGAUAUAGAGAGUCUUGCGCCCUUUUCCACUUACUGCGUACAAAUAGCGACGGAAUCAUACAAGGCCAGCGGUCUUUUCACAAACCCUGUGUGUCAAACCACGGCAGAACACGUCCCAACCCAGGCCCCUACGAUAGUCUUGGCUAACAGCACGGGCAAGUACUCGUUGUUCAUCCAAUGGGCUCAUGAUAUCCCGGAUGAAAAAUGGAAUGGUGUCCCCGCGGGUUACCACUUGGAGUGGAUCGACCCUUACGGCGUUCCACCCGCCUCCAAGGACUUCAACCUCACUGUCUCCUCUUACGAAGUGAAAGGCUUAUCCCCGUACAGGAAAUAUACUGUCAAAAUAAGCGGGAGGACCGCCAAGGGACGCGGAGAACAGGCAGUCGACUACGUACUCACGGAGGACUGGAUUCCAUCGGCGCCUCCAAAGAACAUUCGAAUACGGGCUGAAAGUACAACCAGUGUCAAGAUCACGUGGGAAGAUGUCCCCUUGCCAGACCGUAACGGGAUUAUCUUGGGAUUUUACCUCAUGUUUUACUACAAAACAAACACAUUACUACAAACUCUGCACUUAGCGCCAGAAAUCAGAAGGCGAGUGUUCAGCGGUCUUGAAGUUUACCGCCAGUACAGCGUAAAGAUGUUUUCGUACACGGUGCACGGAAACGGGACGAUCAGCAACAUGCUGAGUGGUUAUACUGAUGAAUCAGUUCCCGUUGUCGCGCCUUACGGAUUGACCGGGCUCAGUGAUAGCCCCUACUCAGUACAGCUGUCCUGGCAGUUUAACGGGAGUGAUGAUCGUAACGUGCUGGGUAUCCUGAGAGGGUUCAGGGUGUUUUAUGGUGACGCCAAGCAUUCCAUCCCAGGCGAUGUACGAGAUGGAAGGGUGCCUGACCUCUGGCCUUUCACGGUCUAUAACUUUCGACUAGCUGGAUACACCACGGCAGGAGAUGGGCUUAAAAGUGAUACAAUAACCAUCAGAACGAAGGGAAAAGGUGAGAGAAAAGAACCAUCUAGAAGCGAGGGAAAGGUGAGAGAAAAGAACCGAUUUAGAAGCAAGAGAAAGGUGAGGAGAAAAAACCAUCUAGAAGUAAGGGAUAGAGUAUACCUGUUGUCUCUAGCCCCAGGUAAACCUCCUGUCUCAUUCACCGUCAUCUCUCCAAACUCGACCAGUCUGCGAGCGACCUGGGACGAGAUCCCGGACCAAUUUAAACAUGGUGUCAUACAGGGCUAUACCAUAGUGCUCCAGGAGCCCACUAACAUGACAUUCGUCAUUAACCGCACAUUCAGUCCAGCGAUAUCGGGCGUGUCAGAGUUCCGCGGACUGAAGAAAUUUACGACAUACGAGCUCUCCGUUUGGGGAUAUAAUGAAUUUGGAGACGGAGCUAAAGCAAAUGUCACAAAGAGGACAUUAUCUGACGGUAGGUUCUCCACAAGAAUCUCGCGCGCAAGCGGAACGCACGAGAAAGCAAUAACAAUGCAAAUACCGACCGCCUCACCUCAAUCCGUCCAGUGUCUAGCGCUUAACUCUACCGUCAUCCGUCUCACUUGGGCUUUGAGUCAUUUCCACGUCCACGGAAUAGUGCUUGGAUACGCCGUGAGUAUUGUUGGGUGGCGUGACGAGAGCAUCGCGCGUGAGCAUCUCUCGUGUUCCUCGCGCGCGUGGUACGAUGUGCGUGAACUCCACGAAUACACUACAUACAACAUGUCGGUUCUUGUGUUCAACGAGAAAGGCAAAGGGCCGUAUUCACCGCCAAUCAGCUGCACCACCUUGGAGGACGCACCAUCUGCGCCACCGCUUAAUGUCAGCGGCUACAACACAAGUGACAGUAGUCUUCAAUUGCUAUGGCAACCAGUAGAAGCCACUCACAGAAACGGACGAUUGGUUGGCUACAAAAUUCGCUAUCACGUGACCGGGGACUUGGUUAACUUUGCCGUGAGUGAGAGCCGUCUCCUCAACACAAGUCUGACGGGUCUUCUUCCAUAUACUGAUUACGUCAUCACGGUGUGCGCGUAUACUGGUGCGGGGGAGGGGCCGUGGAGUGCCCCUGUUAUCAUCAAGACCGACGAAGAGGCCCCUAAGAUCCCGCCAGCUAACGUACAAGUCUUCAACACAAGUAAUACGUCACUCUCCGUUACCUGGCAACCGAUUCACGCAAGCCAAGUGGCGGGGAUCCUCAAAUACUACAUAGUGAUCCUAGCAGAGCUUGACCUUGAUGGGAACCCUGUGGUUGGGCCUAAUACGACAAGUCGUAGCCUGACGGUACCUGUGAUCAGCGGUGUUUCGGUGGAGAUCACGGGUCUGUUGCUGUUCACUAAUUACAGUGCUGUUGUGGUGGGCGUGACUAGAUUCGAGGGUGUUCCGAGUGCACCUGUCUACGCCAUGACAGAUGAGGACGUUCCCGCCGUGGCCCCCUACCGCGUCGAAGGUGUAGCUAUCUCGGCAAGGUCGUUCCGUCUACAAUGGAAGUUUAACGACCACGUCCGCAACGUGCUUGGCCAUCUUCUAGGAUAUCGCGUAUUCUACAGAGAGAACAGCAGUAAUGAGAUUCAUGAGCAAGUAACUGAGGGAAUAUCGAAGAUCGUGGAGAUUGGUGGCCUUUGGCCUUACACGGUAUAUCGCGUGACAGUAGUGGCGUAUACGCGUAUAGGUAACGGGCCGCUAAGCACGCCGGUACUAAUACGAACUACAGAAGAAGCACCUGGUAGACCCCCCGCCAACAUCGCCUUCUACAACACCAGCUCAACAAGCCUGCGAGUAGACUGGGGACGAGUCCCAGAGCGCUACCGCCAUGGCAUCGUACUUGGUUACAAAGUGUUGCUAUGGGAACGAGGUUUGGCCAUGCAAACCGUCAGCAGAACAUUUCAAGUAGAAUCGGGUGUUAACACCACUGAGUUUACCGAGUUGAAAAAGUUCACAGUGUAUGUGAUUAACGUGACGGCUUACAACACUCAGGGUAUUGGGAUGAACGAGACAAGGGAGGCCUUGACAGAUGAGGAUAUUCCCAGUCGACCCCCGACAAAUCUAAAGGCCCAGAACACUAGCUCAACAAGCCUAGCCGUCGCCUGGCAACCACUGAGUGACAGCUUCUUCAUUCACGGUGUUCUCCGUGGUUACCAAGUCUCCUAUCACCGCGUCGACGGAGUAGACCUGAGGAGGAGAGUGAAAGUUGUAUGUGCUGGAAUUUUGUCUGUAAAUUUGACUGGUCUGGAUCAGUUUGUGAAUUAUAGCAUUAGUGUCCAUGCCCUAACGGUUAAGGGACACGGCCCGGCUGCUACAGUAUACUCUACAACCGACCAAGAUGUACCCGCGCUACCACCAGCAAACGUCACCGGGUUCAAUAUUAGCAAAAACGCUAUCACAGUCACGUGGUAUGACGUCAUUCUAUCGGAACAGGACGGGGUUAUUCUAGGUCAUGAGUUGAUGUACAACAAGACGAGCCUGCGGGGUGACAGCGAAUUGCGGUCACGCCGUAGACGCAGGAGUAUUCAAUCAGUAGAGCACCACACAGCCCAUGUGCGUCACCGUAGGACGCUAGACCCAGUCUCUACCCUUGUGCCUCUCCCUGCCUGGCAGCGUAACUACACCAUAACAGGCCUGGAGCCAUAUUCGCUGUACCAGAUAGCAGUGCGCGCCUUCACCAUCAAGGGUUACGGCCCGUGGAGUGAAGUAUUCACAGUCAGGACUGACGACGAAGACCCCCAAGUUUCUCCGAUGAAUGUGACCGCGCGUAACACGAGCUCCACCUCCCUCCUGGUUACGUGGCAAAGGAUAGAUCCCGCCCUUGUCGCCGGAAUCCUGCGCUUCUAUAAAAUUCUUUACGCAGUAGUUCCAUUCAAUCUCACAAGUAACGCAACAAGUAAUGCAACGCUUGGUCACGCCAACUACAGUCACGUGACUGUACCGGAAACACAGUCGUCGGUUGAGCUGACGGGUCUCAGGAGAUAUACAAACUACAGCUUGCGGGUGAUGGGCGUGACCAGACAUGAGGGUGUCAUGAGCCAACCUAUCUACGCCCACACUGACGAAGACACACCUAGUCUUCCUCCUCCAAACAUUACCGUGACGCUAUCAAGCUACUCCAGCCUGAACGUGUCCUGGUCACCAAUCCCCGCGCCUCAAACACAUGGCAUCCUCCUCGGCUACGUUCUUUAUUACAGUCUCACCACUAAUAAUCACAGCCGAACCAACGUCACGCUCCCGCCAAGUGUGACGUCAUACCACGUGACGGAGCUCAAGGCGUCGAAUUGGUACUCCUUCUGGUUGCUAGGAUACACAGCCAAGGGUCAUGGGGUGCUUAGCAAAGAGCAUACGGGACUAACUGAUGAAUCAGUUCCUAGCAAGCCACCAAUAAACGUCACCGUUUUAAACUUCACCGCCCCUGACGGUUUAAACGUGUCUUGGGGCCCAAUCCCCCGAGGAUUUACCCACGGCGUGUUAAUCGGAUACCGGAUAUUUUACAUGCAAGUCCGAGACACGGGUAAGGAAGUAAAGGGCGUGGAGUUGAAUAUGACAGUUGGCCCGGACGUGAACUCGACCGUGCUGAGAGGUCUAGAGAACUACGCGGUGUAUGCAGUACGGGCUGUUGGCCUCACCAUCAAGGGCCAGGGAGUCACGAGUCAGCCUGUCUAUGGAGAGACGUGUCGCUGCACUCGUCACCUAUCCACGUCAUACUACCUGGUGGAGCCUUACGUCACACGCAACAAUUCAUCGUCCUUGACGGGAAUCGUGCCAUGGAUCCUGAACGAGGUUAUCCAAGGAUGCUGCGGGGUCUGCUAUAAUGGUCACGGCACCACAGUUAUUGACUUCAAGCGUGACGGAGAAGGAGGGGAAGCAGAGAAACACAACAUCUCCCGUCUAACCCAGGGCACAGUCGGAGAAACCGACCUGACAUUUCCGGUCAGCGGCUUCAAGGGGCAAGAAAAGUACGGCGUGCACAAAUUUGUGCAGAUAAUCAUCGCCCCAGGCGUCGCGCUAAUAGUCCCACCACAGGAAUCCCAAGAGUCAUCUUCAGCCUUCUCUAAUGCGAUAUUGGACAGCUGGACGUUACUCGUGUUGAUGCUGAUAUUCAUAUACAUCGCUGGGAUUACUAUAUGGGCGGUGGACUUUGAGGUUAAUCCGGAAGAGUUCCCAGGGUCCUUCUUGCGAGGCGGUAUCUUGGAGGGAAGCUGGUUUGCCUUCGUCAGCUUUACAACCGUUGGAUAUGGCGACCGAGCACCGAAGAGCGUGACUGCGAGACUGCUGACCAUCUGUUACAUGUGGUGCGGGCUCGUGCUUGUUUCCAUGCUCACUGCGCAGGUCACGACAUCACUCGUGUCACACACCAUCAAUGCAGCGACGUUCAACGUCUAUGGCAUCAAGGUGGGCGCCAUUACGGGUUCUGUUGAAUACAACAUCGCGGUACGACGAAAUGCACGCGUCAAUACAGAGUCCGAGUAUCACAGCUAUGAGGACCUCCGCCGCGCGAUGAUAACCAAACAAGUGAGAGGCGUUCUCGUGGAUGCGUACAUAGCAAACGGUCGCAGCAAGCUGUUUGAUCUACCCGCGGGACGUGCGCGGGUCUCUCAGUUGUUCGGGUACGAGCUGGUUUACGGCAUGGUGAUGACUAGUCGCGUUGGGAAACUUCAACUGUGUAUACGUGAAUACAUGAAGUACCACCAAGCACACAUCUACUCUCACAUCAGGGACAAUCUCCCAAAGAUACAGAAACCGCCCGCAUCCAUGGAAGAGGAAAUAAGCUCUGGUCUUUUUGACGCCAGUAGUCAAGUGUUCAAAGGGAUAGUGUGGAAGAUGUGCCUGGCCCUCACGGGAUGUCUCCUCGUGGGAGGGGGUCUGGACGCGGUGCGGCGCAAGAGGGGAGCGAAAAGGCAGCAAGGUCUCGGUGAUAGAGCCGUUUACCUACAGCAAUACAAGGCCGAGCUAAAACAAAUCGUAGACGAGUUCUAUCACCGCAUAACACAAAACAUGGAGGAGAUCAGAGCUCGACACAUAGCGGAACAGGAAAGAUUUUUGAGAUAUAGGAAAGACAAUCCGUACCUUGAUAAAUUUCCCUCCAUCUAGCCCGUGCGUUAAGACAUCCUUAAAUCUUAGCCACAGGAUACAGAGUAUCUCAUUCAACCACAAACGUUUAUGUAAUAAAUGCUCAUCUUUGCACAAUUAAGAGCAAAACAUAAUCUAUUCAAAGUGUUUGUUUGCGUGCUGGUAUACACACUAGUCUCACUCUGAUAACAACAUUCCUGUAAUUACUAUAAUAUUUGCGUCUGCCCUGAAUAAGCACCGCGAGUGAACAUGUUACACUUAUUCGACUUCGGUGAGGAGGGAGAAUGUACAUUAAAAGGGAAGUAGCGAUAACUGGCAGUACCACCCUCAGCAAUAUGCUAUCACGAGAAGCUUGUUUUGAUAUGAUUUUGUUAUGAUGGUUAUUGCUCAUUGCACGUUGUGGAAAAAUCUAGAAAUAAAUAAGAUUUUUAAAUAAAAAGCAAGUAGGGCUCUGG